GAGACCCUAGGCGGGUGAAGAAGAGGCGUGCCCGGGAUUCAAGAGGUGUAGUAGUGCCUCAGCUACCUCUAUGUGGCUCUUUAGCUGCUGCUGAACGAAGAAGACCCCUGUCCCCGCGUACAGCUGAAGUCUCAGGACCAAAACCUCACCCACCCUUAUCCCCAGAAUAAAAAGGGGAAACCUAUGUGUAUCGGGCUAUUUCCAGCAGCUCGCGUGACAACCGCGUCCGAGUCAGGAGUCCUGUUGAAGAAGUCAGGUCCUAAGCCAACAUGAUGAAGAUUUGGGCCUGCUUUUUCUUCUAUUAUAGGCGCAGGGUCUCUGGUCUGAUUCCUAGAUCCUUGAUCCACUUUGAGUUGAAUUUUAUGCAUGGUAAAACAAUUGCUGUAUCAACUUAGGAAUACAACAGCCCUAUUGUCUUUGUAUUUUAAACAGCAGCAACAACUUUGAUGUCCACAAUGAAGCAAUGAUAUCUGAGAACAAAGGAAUAUUUGCCAACUAACUGUCAUCACACUUUCAAGUGAUUGUAUAAGCAGAAACAAACUGCAGCAGACCUCUGUCAGCUAGUAUAGGGAGAAUGCUUUCUUCUGAUACUAUUUAUUUAGAAGUUUUAAUAUAGAUACUUUGUUAUAUCUAUAUUAAAUGAAGUAAAAAUGAGUGAAGCCCCCAGAUUCUUUGUUGGGCCUGAAGAUACAGAAAUAAACCCUGGAAGUUACCGACAUUUCUUCCACCAUGCAGAUGACGAUGAUGAUGAGGAAGAUGAUUCUCCACCAGAAAGGCAGAUUGUGGUUGGAAUAUGUUCCAUGGCAAAGAAAUCCAAAUCCAAACCAAUGAAGGAAAUUCUGGAACGGAUCUCCUUAUUUAAAUAUAUCACAGUAGUAGUAUUUGAAGAGGAAGUUAUUUUGAAUGAACCAGUGGAAAACUGGCCUUUAUGUGAUUGUCUUAUUUCUUUCCAUUCUAAAGGAUUUCCACUGGACAAAGCAGUUGCCUAUGCAAAACUCAGGAAUCCAUUUGUAAUCAAUGACUUGAAUAUGCAGUAUCUCAUACAAGAUAGGAGAGAAGUAUAUAGUAUUCUUCAAGCAGAAGGUAUUUUACUUCCUCGUUAUGCAAUUUUGAACCGUGAUCCAAAUAAUCCCAAAGAAUGCAAUCUGAUUGAAGGGGAAGACCAUGUAGAAGUAAAUGGAGAAGUUUUCCAAAAGCCAUUUGUAGAAAAACCAGUCAGUGCAGAAGAUCACAAUGUUUACAUUUAUUAUCCAACAUCUGCUGGAGGUGGAAGUCAAAGACUCUUUAGAAAGAUUGGCAGUAGAAGUAGUGUAUACUCCCCUGAAAGCAAUGUACGAAAAACAGGUUCAUAUAUAUAUGAAGAGUUUAUGCCCACAGAUGGUACUGAUGUUAAGGUUUACACAGUUGGUCCAGAUUAUGCUCAUGCUGAAGCCCGAAAAUCUCCAGCACUUGAUGGCAAGGUGGAACGAGAUAGUGAAGGAAAAGAAGUAAGAUACCCUGUUAUUCUCAAUGCACGAGAGAAAUUAAUUGCUUGGAAAGUCUGCCUUGCUUUUAAGCAAACAGUUUGUGGCUUUGAUUUGUUACGAGCCAAUGGACAGUCCUAUGUGUGUGAUGUCAAUGGCUUCAGUUUUGUGAAAAAUUCCAUGAAGUAUUAUGAUGAUUGUGCAAAAAUACUUGGAAAUAUUGUAAUGAGAGAGCUUGCUCCACAAUUUCAUAUCCCCUGGUCAAUACCAUUGGAAGCUGAAGAUAUUCCAAUUGUACCAACUACAUCUGGAACUAUGAUGGAACUUAGAUGUGUCAUAGCUGUCAUACGUCAUGGGGAUCGAACCCCAAAACAAAAAAUGAAAAUGGAAGUGAGGCAUCAAAAAUUUUUUGAUCUUUUUGAAAAGUGUGAUGGAUAUAAGUCGGGGAAGUUAAAACUCAAAAAGCCAAAACAAUUACAGGAAGUGCUGGAUAUUGCACGACAACUUCUUAUGGAGCUAGGGCAAAAUAAUGAUUCUGAAAUUGAGGAAAACAAAUCAAAGCUUGAACAACUUAAGACUGUAUUGGAGAUGUAUGGUCAUUUUUCUGGAAUAAAUCGUAAGGUCCAAUUAACCUAUCUCCCUCAUGGUUGUCCUAAAACAUCUAGCGAAGAGGAAGAUAGCCGAAGGGAAGAGCCAUCCUUACUUUUGGUUUUGAAAUGGGGAGGAGAAUUAACACCUGCAGGCAGAGUCCAGGCUGAAGAACUUGGAAGAGCUUUCAGGUGUAUGUAUCCUGGAGGUCAAGGAGAUUAUGCAGGAUUUCCUGGUUGUGGUUUGCUUCGAUUACAUAGUACCUACCGACAUGACCUCAAAAUAUAUGCCUCUGAUGAAGGACGAGUUCAGAUGACUGCAGCAGCUUUUGCAAAGGGUCUGUUGGCUUUAGAAGGGGAGCUUACACCCAUUCUUGUUCAGAUGGUGAAAAGUGCAAAUAUGAAUGGUCUUUUGGAUAGUGAUAGUGACUCUUUAAGCAGUUGUCAACAACGUGUGAAAGCAAGACUUCAUGAAAUACUUCAGAAAGACAGAGAUUUUACUGCUGAAGAUUAUGAAAAGCUUACUCCAUCUGGAAGCAUUUCUCUUAUCAAAUCAAUGCAUUUAAUUAAAAAUCCUGUGAAGACCUGUGACAAAGUUUAUUCUUUGAUUCAAAGUUUGACUUCUCAAAUCAGACAUCGUAUGGAAGACCCCAAAUCAUCAGAUAUUCAGCUUUACCAUAGUGAAACAUUGGAGCUUAUGUUACGUCGAUGGUCCAAGUUGGAGAAAGAUUUUAAAACAAAGAAUGGACGAUAUGAUAUUAGUAAGAUCCCUGACAUAUAUGACUGUAUAAAAUAUGAUGUCCAGCAUAAUGGUUCCUUGCAAUUAGAAAAUACAAUGGAAUUAUAUAGGCUUUCAAAGGCAUUAGCAGACAUUGUUAUCCCUCAGGAAUAUGGUAUAACUAAAGCUGAAAAACUGGAGAUUGCCAAAGGUUACUGUACUCCUCUAGUUAGAAAAAUUCGCUCAGACCUUCAGAGGACACAAGAUGAUGACACUGUAAAUAAACUCCAUCCUGUGUAUUCCAGAGGUGUUCUAUCUCCUGAACGUCAUGUCCGUACCAGGUUAUAUUUUACCAGUGAAAGUCAUGUACAUUCUUUAUUAUCUAUUCUUCGAUAUGGUGCCUUAUGCAACGAAUCAAAGGAUGAACAGUGGAAAAGAGCCAUGGAUUAUUUAAAUGUUGUCAAUGAACUCAACUACAUGACUCAGAUUGUUAUCAUGCUUUAUGAGGAUCCUAACAAGGAUCUUUCCUCAGAGGAACGCUUUCAUGUUGAAUUACACUUCAGUCCAGGAGCCAAAGGCUGUGAAGAAGACAAAAAUUUACCUUCUGGCUAUGGAUAUAGACCUGCUUCUAGAGAGAAUGAAGGCAGAAGAUCUUUUAAAACUGAUAAUGAUGACGAACCACAUACUUCUAAAAGAGAUGAGAUUGAUCGAGCUGUGAUACUAUUUAAACCAAUGGUAUCAGAGCCAAUUCACAUACACAGGAAGUCUCCACUCCCACGAUCUAGAAAGAUGGCUACGAAUGAAGAAGAGAGCCCCCUGAGUGUGUCUAGCCCAGAGGGUACUGGUACCUGGCUGCAUUAUACCAGUGGUGUGGGUACUGGGCGUCGAAGACGCAGAUCAGGGGAACAAAUCACUUCUUCCCCUGUCUCCCCCAAAUCAUUGGCUUUCACAUCCAGUAUUUUUGGCUCAUGGCAACAGGUUGUAUCUGAAAACACUAAUUACCUUCGAACACCAAGAGCUCUUGUGGAACAGAAACAAAACCCUACUGUAGGGUCUCACUGUGCGGGCCUGUUUAGCACCUCGGUGCUCGGGGGUUCUUCAAGCGCACCUAACCUACAGGAUUAUGCUCGUACUCAUCGUAAAAAGCUGACCUCUUCUGGCUGCAUAGAUGACGCCACACGCGGUUCUGCUGUUAAAAGGUUUUCUAUCUCAUUUGCUCGACACCCAACCAAUGAACACCUACACCUCUAUAGGUGCUGGUCCAUUUCCUCUGUGGAAUUUCUAGGCUCCAGUGGCUUUGAAUUAUACUCCAUGGUGCCAUCUAUUUGCCCUCUGGAAACUCUUCACAAUGCCCUAUCUUUAAAGCAGGUGGAUGAAUUUCUUGCAUCUAUUGCUUCACCAUCAAAUGAAGUUCUAAGGAAGACCCCUGAAGUCUUUUCUGCCUCACGUACCAGUCCAGCAAUGAGAAGAAAAGUAUCUUUAAAUACAUACACACCUGCAAAGAUCCUCCCAACUCCACCGGCUACCUUAAAGAGUACUAAAGCAAGCAGCAAACCAGUCUAUGGCCUAGAGAGAGGAAAGAGUUUGCUGGCAAAGGAAGAGUGUCUGGAAAAGACAAAAGGAAGAGAAAACCUUUCCCUAAGAAGAGAUCCUUCUGUAUCUGGACAGAAGAGGCAGAGAUCAGCAUGUCACAUGAGCCCUUCAGUAUGAAUGACUGAAGAUGUGUGAGGCUUAGCAGAAAGGUAUCAGACCUCCAAUAUUUCUCUGGCCUCAAGAAGUGCUGGAGCUAGGAAGAGCUGAAAAGAAAAACCAGAUUUGUAUGGCAGACCCAUCCUGUCUAUGCAGCAUGUGGCCAUAGUUCUAAGAGAAUAUGAAAGAAACCUCUGGUAGACAGAUGAGUAAAAGGCAAAGGGCCUUCCCCCACUACCUAUCACCACCACCCAUUCAUAGCACGGAAUGGUAUAUGCCCUUGGAACUUUGUCUCUACCCAAGGGAGUGGAGGAAAUCCGGAAGAAAGAUUAAAGCCUUGAAAGUGAAAUAAAAGGAUAUGCUGAAACUUGGCACAUUCACAUUCUGUGUUUUACCCUGUUUUUGGUGUCUUGGUGGGCAGACUCCUGCAUCCUGUUUCCCUAGUUCUUAUGGCAGCUGCUUACGGGUUUGGCCGAUGGAAGAUACUGGCAGGGAAUCAGAAGGCGGAGAAGAGAAUUUGUGGUACAUUUUCUCCUUCCCCUGCCAUAGAUGCUGCUUUGGCAGUGACUGUGUCUCCCCUGUGCAGCAGUUCCCACUAGCUGGCCACACUGCCUGGCCCCAGGGCUCCAGUAACCCUGCCUCUUCUCUUAUUUCCCUAGCUAGGGGCUGUGGUUACUAAUUUCUGGAUUACUACACUAUCUCCAUGUUUAGUUUCUGAGAUCUUCCAUCCCCCUGUUACCAAAUCCUUGCUUUCAGUUAUCCCUGUUUGUAGAUAUUCGAAGUGGUCUCUAUUUUCUUGGUUAGACUCUGUUUGAAACAGGUUGACUCGUAGAAAAGGGGAUGUGGUAUUUCUUGCACACCUGUCUUGGUAGUUUCUGUUUUAUAUCACUAUGUCUAUAUCAAGUUCAUCUAUCCUAUUCUCUCAAGCUGGUUUUAUUGCUAGGUGAAACUGUUUACAUCAAUGUAUAAUCAUUCCCAGACAACUGACAUUUUAAAGUGAUUUUUUUUGAAGAGGAUGACUUGAGGCAAAGAUAAAACUAUAUAAGGGGCAUUUGAGAUGGAGCAUGUGAACUCUCAGGUUCAGAAGCUGUUCAGAUCACAGGUUCACUUCUAUAUUUGGGCCUGAUCUUUUCUAGUGUGUCAUUUUUUUUCUUUAUAGAUUGACUAGGUCUUCAUAGAACAAAAAAGAAUUCUGGGAAGGACUUCUGCAUUAUUCCCAUCCCACAAAUCCCCCUCAGCCACAGUCCUUGCAGCUCAAACCCCAUCUACUUAAGAUAGUACUCAGUCACAGUCUUUAGGUGGCACAGACAUACCCCUGAUGAGGCCACACAUAAAGCUAUUAUCAGCCAUUAUUGCCUGGUGAAUUGGUUUAUUAGGUAUUCUUUGUAACACUCAACAACUGACCCAAGUUUUGAUUGGGUGAAGAGUCAGGGCUGGGAUGGAAGCACAGAGUACCACCCAGAAAGGGAGGCAAUUUGGAGAUAAUGUCCUUUCAGGAGGACUAGCUGUGAGCCUAAUAAACUAAGUGGCAAGUCAGAACUUUAUUGCUUUUGGCCAAAGAACAUUGCCAAACUUUCAGAACAAAGGGCAAGUACAAGGCAUUUUUCCUGAAAAGUUUAUAUGAUUUCAGAUAGGAAAAAAAUGAAAUUAAGUUUCUGAAAAUAAAAUAUACAAUGUUUUGGAGUUGAUUUUAUGGGAAUGAUCACCAGAACAAUAAACUAUUGUGUCAAACAGUUUAAAACCUGAAAUAACUUUCAGUGUGUUAAGGUACUGAUGGAAAGGAAAAGUCCACUCAGACUAUGUUGUGCUCUGUUUUAUAUUUGAGAUAUUAUGUGUGUGUUGGAAAACAAUAACCUAUGUUUCCAAAUUUGAUUUGAGAACAUUCAUGAAAACAUUCUCUUACCUCUACUUUCCCAUGCUUACUUUAGGUCACACAAAAAGCCCUACUACAAAAUGUCUUCUAUCUGAACAGCCUACUGGUGAAACUGGUGUGUUUAUAUUUAUUAACCUUUGUAUUAUAAUGGACAUUAUAUAUAGAUUCUGAAACAAGUGCUCUUUGAAUUUGUAUAAAUGUACACCAAAAUUUUAUUUGUUUUAAUCUUCAGAUAAAGCAUUAUUGCUAUUUUUUAAACAACGAA